AUGUUAGGAGUGUUGAUGCGAGUGGGAAAUUUGCAAACGUCAUCAAAAAAGCGCAAAGACUCAAAACCGUGUAAUGCUCCUAGUUAUCCCUUCAAAAUCAACAUCAUCCAGUUAUAUGCUCCAACAGUUGACAAAAAAUACGAUGAACGGGUAGAGGCUCUUUAUGAUACGAUCGGUAAGGUCAUAAGCAAAACAAAAUCCGAUGAAAUAACGCUAGUUAUGGGAGAUUACAAUGCUAAGAUCGGAGAAGGAAAGCGAUCAGACCUUGUUGGAGAGCACGGUCUUGGAAUAAGUAACCAAACAGGAGAUAGACUCUAUGAGUUCUGUCAAGAAAGAGAAAUGGUAAUUGCGAACACUUGGUUCAAACUCCCCAAGAGACGGCUUUACACAUGGAUAUCUCCCACCGAAGACAAUAAUGGUACUCCCAUAAGAAAUCAAAUUGACUAUAUUCUGAUCAAUAAACGUUUCAAGAACAUUAUAAAACGGGUAACAACCUAUCCCGGUGCUGACAUCGGUUCUGAUCAUGUCCCAUUAAUAGCUGAUCUGAAACUAAAACUUAAAGCAACAAAACAAAAAUAA